CGGGCAGCACUCAGCCGGGCUGCGCUCAGCCCCGCUCCCCGCUUCUCCUGCCGUCCCGCUGCCGCCCGCGUCCCGCGCUGCCCUCCUGCGGCCGCUGCCCCCGCUGCCCCCCGCUGCGCCCUCCUCUCCCCGCAGGGGCUCGUUAGGAGCAGCGGCCCCGCGCCGCGCAGCGGAGCAAAGAGCUGGGUCGCGUUGUGUUUGCUACGGGCUUUACCCGCUAAAGCGAUGGCCGCCUUUUCCUUAAAUGCUUUAUCAGUAAAUCUGGCAUGUUCUUUCCCCUUUGCUUUAGAACGAAUGAAAAGUCCUUGGUUUCUUGCUUUGACUGCUCCGAAUGAGGUGGGCGCUGUUCGGGGUUAUUUCCUUGCAGCCCUCGGCUGUGAGCCGCACGCCUGUCCCGCAACCAGCAGCUGGGGCCCGAAACCGUGAAGGAAGGAGAAACGUUGCCAUCCAGUGCGCUCCUUACAGUGCUUUCCCAGAGGGGCGAGGAAAUCUCUGUAAUUCCACCGCAGCGAUCCCUGAGGCUGAUGUCUGUUCUUAGUUACCUGGUGGCAUUGCUCAGUUACCUUUUUUGUUUGUUUAAUAGUUCUUUUCUAAGUGAAAAAGAGCCUUGGCAGCGAGCCAGAUGUACCGAAUGAAAAAUGAAGUGCUGGUGCAAGAGCUGGUUCUUUCCAUUGUUUGCUGGGUUAUACAUUUAUUUACAUUUAUUUAUUUAUUAUUACAUUUAUUUAUUAUUUACAUCAGUGAGUGUAAGGGAAAAAAACUGUUUUGGCAGGAGUUGCUCAGUCUGAAUGAAACACCCCCUGUGCUACUUCCAUAAAGUGAUUUUGUCAUGUUAUUGCCCUUGUUUGCUUAAUGCUGUCUGUCUGCAGCGUCCGUAUGCUCUGCCUUCUCUCUGCACUGCAUGCAUGUGGCUCUGCUGCAGCCUCAGUACAAAUGCUGACUCCUGGUGGCCAUGGCUGUGCUGGGAAAAGUGGGCAAUGCAGCUCACAAAGCUCAGUGGUACAGAAAAGGUCAUUUUAAAACUGUACUGCCAGAGAGAGAGAAUGCCCGUCUUCCCCUGCUGUGCUCUAACUUCCUUUAUUCUUAUUCUCCCUUUCCUUUCAGAGUGGUAAAUGCUGUUUUAAUUUUGAAGAGGAUAUUCUCAUCAAGUUGUUUUUCUUUUGUUGAUAAGUACAUUCUGGUGUUUAUUUCUUAGAGUUAUUGUUUACCACAGCAGCCAUCCCAGCAGCCAAGUCCUUGUCAGGACAAAUGUCUCCUUGUCACUUCUGGUUUAUUUUGUCAUUUUUUCCCUGGUGUGCUGCAAUAAUUCAAGUCAUCAGAUAAGCCAAUGAAAAAUGUUAUAAAAUCACAGAAUCAGAAGGAUGCUCUAUAUAAUUCUAAUGAUAAAAAAGCAACAGAGAAAGAGACUAAUUGUCCUUUACAUACAGACAGUUCUUCAACAUAUAGAGAAACAUGAAGGCCCUAGCACGGUACUGUGCACUAGGGGAGAACAAACCCAAGAACUUCCUCUGCUCACAGAGUAACAAACAUUGCUCUUAGCUCUGAAUCCUCUUGCUGUGUUUCUGGCAGUGUGAAGAUGAGCUGUGAAGAGAUCGCUGUGUGUGCAGUACGGCUUAGAGAAAACCUCUGCCUCUAUUUUGAAGAUGACGAGCUGGAAUGUGAUGCUUUUUGUAAGGAAAAAACUAUCAAACGAUUCUUUCGAAAUGUCAAUAGCCAGUUGCUUGUGGUUCGACCAGAUUUAAACAUGGCAGCUUUUGAAGACGUAACAGAUCAGGAGGUGAAAUCUGGCAGCGGAAUGUACUUCGACAUUCACUGUUACAAGACCACUGCGCCUUCAGCAGGGAUGCCUGUUGCAUUCAGUGUCCAGGUAGAAGAUAAGAGUUACUACAUGUGUUGUGAGAAAGAGCAUGGGAAAAUGGUUGUUCGAUUUAGGGAAGGAGAAGUUCCCAAAGACAUUCCUGGUGAAAGUAACAUCAUAUUUUUCAAAAAGACAUUUACAUCUUGCAGCUCCAAAGCUUUUAAGUUCGAGUACUCACUUGAACAAGGAAUGUUCUUGGCCUUUGAGGAAGAAGAUUCCCUAAGAAAAUUAAUUUUAAAGAAACUGCCGAGAGAAGAUGAAGUCGAUGAAACCACAAAGUUUUUAACAAGUCGUAAUGAAAGGCACAACCUAUGAUGUAUUUCUACACUCUUAAAAUGUAAUUUGGCUUUUUAUGAAAGUCUAAUUCAUUCAAAAUCCAAAGGAAGACAAUUGUAUAUUUAAUAUAUUUGCGCAUAGCCAGCUACAGUAAGACACUCCAAAAAUGAGCAUUUUCAAAUGCAAAACAAAUACAAGUUCUUGGGGAAAAGCAGCAGAAGAAUAUUUUCUAGCAAAUGACAGCAAAGAGAAUUGCGGAGUGAAUAAACAAGAAUAUGCAUGCGUUCAUAGUCCUGUAUAGUUUAAUCUCAAACAUCUUUAGAGCUUGUUGAACAAAUAGUUUUGAGCUGAAUGUCUCAUACAUGGAAAAGAUCUAUUGUGGAAAUGGAGAGAAAACAGCUGAAAAAAGAAAACUGCACUUUUCCUACACCAGACCACGAAUUUCACCAAUAAACGUCAUUACUUUUUUUUUCUUUUUUGCAUUAUU